AAUAACUCCAGGUCUGGAGGCCCCCCCUACCCCUCCCACUAAAUCAGCAGGGAGUGUCAGGACUGUGACUAGUCUGGAUAAAGCUGGUGAUGCAGAAUCCAAAAUCAGUAAUGGUGCAGAUAAAAAGAAGACUGGGGAGUUCAAAAGCGAAAGCAACAAAGGCACAGAUAAUCAGCCAAAAGUCAGGAAGAAAGCGGCAGAAGUGAAACCCGUAAAAAAGACAAAAACAUCAGCCAACCAGAAUACUUCAAAGAGUGGAUCAAGCACCAAGAGUUCACCAGUGUCCCCCUCAGGCCAAAAGUCAGAAGGCAAAGGAGAAAAAGAGAUGAAGUACAUCCCAGUCACUCCAGACAGCAAGAAAAUCAUGAAGAUAGCGGAUUUAAGUGCCCUUGGCAUGAGCCCAAACACGCCAGCUAUUAACAAGAGGAACAGCAAAGGAGAAACUCCCCUUCAUGUAGCAUGUAUUAAGGGUGAUGCUGUAAAGGUUCAGAGUUUACUGUCAGAGGGAGCCAACCCAAACACUAAGGACAAUGCUGGAUGGACUCCAUUGCAUGAAGCCUGUAGCCAUGGAUUCUUGGAAAUUGCUUAAAAUUUUUGCUACAGCAUGGAGCAAUUGUUGAUGUUCCAGGAGGAAACAAUGAAAUUCCACUGCAU